AUGUCAGCACCUCUCCACAACCAAAACCACGAUCAUAUUACUGCCCGCCAUUUUCACCAAUGGACUGGCUCAUCCUAUCCACUUCCAGCGGAUGCAAGAGAGAAAGAGCGUCUACAACUUCAACAUGAUGCAGUCAAGCACAUGUAUGAGGACCGCAUUAUACUUGCGCCAGUCGAAUUCAAUGAGGAAGCUAAGGUUCUGGACAUCGGCACUGGCUCUGGGACCUGGGCCGUCGAGCUGGCUACAAACACACCGUACAUUGAGAUCACAGCCAUCGAUAUCGAAGCAGGGUGUUUGCCCCCUGUCCUCCCCGAGAACGUUAAAUUCCAACUCGGGACGGUGUUGGAGCUUCCGAAGAAAUGGGACAACCGCUUCUCUCUGGUACACCAGCGGUGCCUCUUGCUUGGACUUGAGCGCGAGAAGUGGCUGGUUGCGCUGAAAGAAAUUUAUCGCGUCCUCCAGCCAGGAGGGUGGGUUCAGUUAGGCGAGCCUAAACUCUGGCCAAGGGACUACAAGGAUUACGACCGUCCCUGCACAGAGAAACUCGCGACAAUACUCCGUGCGGUCGCCGAUUCUAAGAAUUUUUAUGCCGAUUGUGCGGAAGACUUAGGCAGAAUGCUCCAAGCAGUCGGCUUCACCAAUAUUAAGGGAGAAAUUCGCAGGCAGGGGAUAGGGGCUUGGGCUGGAGAGCAGGGUGUAGCGUGGAGGAAGAACUUGGCCGAUGUAUUCAACGGGAUUGAGACCUCUGCUAUGGACGAGGGCGGCUUCGGGCUCGUGAACUCGGUGGAAGAGUAUGAUUUGCUUUUGGAAGGGUUCGAGGAGGAGUGCGACAAGGUGAGGGGGGGAGGCUGGGAGUUUAUCAUCUACUAUGCACAGAAGCCAUUGUAA